AUGUCUGCCGACGCGCGCGAUAUUGAGUGGCAGGCGCGGCGCUCGCCGCAGCUUGAGUCGACGCCGCUUUCGAGGGCUGGACUACUCGAGAUCUCCCGGAGCCACAACUCGGGCGGCUAUGCCGCGCAACAUUCGCCACUGGCGGUACCUCAUACGCAGGAAGAUAUCCGAGAGAGCACGAUGCAGCUCUCAUCCUUCGUGAUGCAACAUAUGCAGACACCACCUUCACUCCUGGGUCCGAAUAGCAAUAUUGGCUCUGACCCAACAAACGGACUUGUCUUCCCGCAUGCGCCCUCACGCGCUUCAUUGCGUUCUCAGACCGCUUCGGCAAAGUCUGCCUCUGGCGUCCAUACGCCAAGUCUAUCAAGUCUUGAACUUGACGCUUCUGUACCAAGUUUGGACGACACCUCUACGCCAGCCGACUCCGCACCCUCAGGCCUAUCGCUACUACUUGCACGACACGCUUCACGCUCGCCACCGGAUACCCGCAGUUUUGCCGAUGUAGUGAGGGAUGGACAGGGAGAUGAAGAUGGCGAGGGCGAGGACACGCCACAUGUACGAAGUCCGGAUACCGAGCACGGAAGUGCUGUACCGACACCGCGUCCGCCGCCUCGCGUGCCGAGCGGCCUGUACGAGGAGACGACGCCACAUGCUAUGGCUAUGUCGCCUGCGUCUGUAUCCACCAUCGCCGAACACGAGCAUGAGCAUGAGGCGAGCGAGAGGACACCGUUGUUACCUGCAAGGUCGAUGCCUGCAUCUCAUCCGCAUUUACCGCUUGCGCCUGUGCCGAACGGGAUGAAUGGGCAUGGGCUGGUUGGGAAUGGACUUGGUGAGGAUGGCGAGGGGAUGGAUGUGAAGGGUGGGAGGAGAGAGAAGUUGAAGGCGAGGGUUCAGCAUGGGGCGAAGGAGGUUGGGAAGGAUGCGGUUAGGGCUGUCCCAGCCGUCAUAUUGGGCACACUGCUGAAUGUUCUGGACGGCGUGUCAUAUGGCAUGAUCAUCUUUCCUGCGUCGGGCGUCUUCGCAGACCUCGGCGCUAUGGGCGUUACCAUGUUCUUCGUGACGGCUAUCGUCAGUCAGCUCAUCUACAGCGCUGGCGCAAGUGGCUUCGCGGGCGUGAACGGAAGCAUGAUGAUUGAAGUUGUCCCAUUCUUCCAUAUCCUCGCACAAUCCAUCGAAGACAUCAUCCUGGCCUCAGGCGGGCCACCAGAAGCAGUGAUUGCCACAACACUCGUCGCAUUCGCAUUCUCUUCCCUUCUUACGGGUCUCACCUUCCUACUACUGGGCGUCUUCAAGCUCGGCAACCUUAUCGGCUUCUUCCCGCGACAUAUCCUCGUCGGCUGUAUAGGAGGCGUUGGCGUUUUCCUCUUUAUCACAGGACUAACAGUUUCCCUGCGCGUGUCGGACGACGUACCGCUGAACCUCGACUUCCUCAAGCUACUGUUCCAGGAUGGCGCGUCGAUUGCUCUGUGGAUGCCCGCGCUUGGGCUUGCGAUCUUGCUACGGGUCAUCACGCAUCAUUGGCAUGGGCAGCUUAUCCUUCCGACUUACUUCAUUGUGAUACCCGCCAUCUUCUACGUCGUCGUUGCGGCUGCACACCUCGACCUUGGCACGCUGAGAAGAGAUGGAUGGCUGUUCGAUGUUGCUGUCAGCAGCGAGCCAUGGUACCACUUCUACUCGUACUUCGACUUCACACAGACACACUGGGGUGCGAUUUGGGCUACGAUGCCGACGCAACUAGCGCUGCUCUUCUUCAACAUCUUGCACCCGCCUCUGAACGUGCCAGCGCUCGCUGUAUCACUUGAUCAUGAUGUCGAUACCAAUGCGGAGCUCACGGCACACGGUUACUCGAACCUUGCAGCUGGUGUACUCGGUACACCGCCGAACUACAUCGUCUACGUCAACACCUUGCUCUUUUAUAAGGUUGGCGGCGAUACACGGGUCGCUGGGUUCAUGCUUGCAGCCGCAACGACUGUGCUUCUUGUGGUCGGCACUGGCCCCAUAGCGUACAUCCCGGUGAUGGUUGUCGGCGCGCUGAUCUUCGUUCUCGGGUUUGAUCUGGCGAAGGAAGCGCUCUGGGAUACUCGUGGACGCGUGAGCAAGAGCGAAUACGCGACGAUUGUGUCUAUUGUCAUUGCAAUGACUGUAUGGGACUUCGUCAUCGGUGUACUCUUCGGUAUCGUCAUAAGCUGUUUCUUCUUCGUUGUACAGCAUUCCCGCCGACGCUCGAUCCGCGCAAUCCAUACCGGCACGGCAGUGCUCUCAACCGUCCGCCGCCCAUCAGCGCAUCGUGCCUACCUUCGAGCAGCCUCUUCACAGACGACCGUCCUCCGCCUACAAGGCUUCCUCUUCUUCGGCACCAUCGCAGGCGUGGAAGAUGCGUUACGCUCUCUCUCUCACGCGCGCUUUGCUGUGCUCGAUUUGACACUCGUGGGCGGUGUCGAUCUAUCAGCGGCCGAAGCGCUCGUGCGUGUACACCGCUUCCUCAAGAACGCCGGAGUGGUACUCGUCCUCUGCGGGCUGAACAACGCGGACGUCCGGCGCGCACUCGAGAGCGUCGGCCUCUUCGAAGCCGGAGCCGAACUAUUCGAUACACUCGGCGACGCGAUAGAGUGGACCGAGAACGUCUACCUACGCGCCUGGUUCGCAAGACAGAAAGCAGAGGGCGUACACGUCGAAGCCCACGCAGCCGUAAGCGCACGGGAGAACGGCGCUCAUGUUGACUUUGGGCUUGCGGGGAGUCCGAGGGCCGAAGCGCUCGGCGAUGCGGGGCGCAGGACGAUCGCAUUAGGAUUGUCGAAUGCGCAUUACCCGGUUGAAGCGCCGGUGGAGGUUGAUGCGCAUGCGGAGCUGUUCGUUACGCUUGCUCAGGCGUUGUCGGAGCAUGGUGCACUUGACCGAGCGCGGUUUGCUGCGUUGCCGAGGUACUUCACAAGACAUGCUUUGCCUACGGGACACACGUUGUUCGAACAAGGGGACGCCGCGGAUGCGCUGUAUGUCGUACAGGCGGGAGUCUUGAGAGCGACAUACGCAUUUGCGGCUCCUACCACUCCCGUCGUGGAGAGUAUGGUACCCGGAACGUUGGCGGGAGAGCUAAGCGCGCUGUGUGGUGGAGAGAGGAACGCGAGCGUUGUCGUUGAGCGCGAUGCGGUGGUGUGGAGGUUGGGUGUCAACGAACUCAGGAGGAUGGAAGCGGAGGAGCAUGAGAUGGCGAGCGAGUUCAUAAGGCUCGUAUUGAGUGCUGCGAAGACGGACUACGAUGUGCUUCUUGCGGCGCUUGCUACGCGGAUGUAG